CACAAUCCUGAGCAUACAGUUGUGUUAAUAACUCAUUAAAAGCACUAAAGAACACUCGGUUACCGUUUCAACAAAGCAGUAUCAAAUUUCACAAUGAGCAAGGGAAGAGACGCAAUUCUUAGAUGGUGCCAACGUAACUCUUAUGGUUAUGAUGGUGUAGAAAUUGAUAAUUUUGAUUCAUCAUUUGCCAGUGGUUUGGCAUUCUGUGCUCUCUUGGACAGUCAACGUCCUGAUCUUCUUAAGGAAUCUGGAUUGGAAUGGAGCGACUUGGUUAAUGAUUUUAGCAGAAAUGAAAGAUUAGAAUGGGCUUUCGGAAAGGCUGAUGAAAUUGGCAUUCCAAGAUUGUUGGACCCAGAAGAUGUUGAUGAACAAAAACCAGAUCCAAAGGUUGUAAUAACCUAUCUCUCUGGAAUGAUUCGUUUCUUCCAGGAGGAUGAUGGUGGAUCAGAGGCUACCAUUGAUAGACCAACUGGUUCUUUCGCUGCUUCCAUUGAUGAUUUAAUUAAUGGUGGUGGAAAGAAGAAGCCUUCUGGUGGUGAUCAAACACCUCCACCAUCAUCAGCUAAGGUUCCACAAUUAAAGGCUACCGGAAAGUCUGAUUCAACACCACCUGCUGCCUCUCCUAGAAAAGAUGUACCAGUUGAAAAACAAUUGGAAAAUCUUGAAAAGAUGUACCAAAAGGGUUUACUUAACGAAGAAUCCUAUGAAAAGAGUAAACAAAAGAUUAUGGAAAAGAUUAAGGAACAACAAGCCCAAUUGAGUGCUAGAAGUGAUCAUUCUUCAAAUUCCGAAACUUCAUCCAAUUCAUCAUCUUCUCAACAAACAACAAGUGAAGAUAAGACACAAAAGGCUCUUGCCAACUUGCAAAAACUCUAUGAAAAGGGUACUUUAUCUGAAGAAGAAUAUAAGAAGGCAGUUGAAAAAUUGAAGGCUAAAUCAGCUCCAGUUACUACAAGUGAAGUCAAACCACAACAAACAACUGAACAAUCAUCAUCUUCAUCUUCAGUUGAUACAUCAAAAUUCUCUCCAGAACAAUUGAAGCAAUAUGAAAAAUUGACCAAGAUGCUUCAAAGUGGUUUAUUAGGAGAAGCUGAAUAUCAAAAAUCAUUGAAUAAUUUAAUUGAUAAGGUCAACAAGUCUCAACCAAGUACAAGCUCACAACAAGAAUCUCCAGUUGUCACCAAACAACCAAAUCCACUCAUUGAAAAGAUUCAAGAUACCAAAAAGUUGAAUAAUUUGAAGACUCUCCUCAACAAGGGUGUCAUUACUGAAGAAGAAUUUGAUAAAUCGAUCACUAAGCUCUAUCAACAAGAACAAGAAAAGCAAAAUUCUGCUCCUUCCACUCCUCCACCAACUGCUGAACCAUCAUUUGAUGGUGUUGAUAUUGAUAGUUUGAAGGAAGAAGAUUUUGAUGAAAAGACUAAAGGACGUGUUAAGGCCAUUGAAAGAAUGUACAAGGCAGGUCUCUUCAAGGAUAACGAAUAUGCCCAUGCUAGAAGAAAGGCCAUUAUGCAAGGUCUUCAAGAAGCUGGUGGUAAAUUCACUCCAUCUCCUGUUACUGAAACAAAGGAACCUGAAGUCAAGCCAGUUGCUGAAGAAAAGCCACAAAAGAAGAGAACUAACAGUGUUUUCAUCCAACAACCUAAUCUUCCAAAGGAAAUUAAUGCUGAUGUUGAGGAUUAUCGUAUUCUCUAUGAAAAGUUGUUGAAGGAACACGAAAAAUUGGCAGCUGACUUUGAUGAAAUUCAAGAAGAUUAUGAGGAAUUGAAGGAACAAUUAUCUACUGUCUAUGAUGAAAAGAAGAAGGAUGUUGAAGUUCCAGAAGAACUCAAACCAGUCUUGAAGAAGAUUGGCCUCAAGAAGAAGCAAUCUGGUAAGAAAUUGGAUGUUGUCAUUAUUUAUUCUUCUGAUGAUUCUCUCGUCACUGAAAAGGUCACUCUUUAAAAUUGUAAAUAAACUCUAUAAAACUGAAAA